CAGAAUCACUAUGAUUCUUAAGAGGCUCUUCAGGUUCUCCUGUCUCAUCCAGUCUGCAGUCUCAGUCCAUUUGAGGAGGAACAUUGGUGUUGCAGCAGUGGCAUUUAAGGAAAUUGAUCCUACACAGAAACUCUUCUUGGUAAGAUUGAGAUACAGAACUAAGUGACAGUCAUCCGGAGGACCUGUUGAUACUGGUCCAGAGUAUCAGCAGGACCUGGAGAGGGAGCUUUUUAAGAGUAAGCAAAUGUAUGGUAAAGGAGACAUGGCUACAUUCCCUAACUUCAAAUUAGAAGAUCACAAAUUUAAAGUCAUUGAAAAGCCCCAGUCCUGA